CUGGAACGGAGCUCCGAGGACUAGGGACGAGACGCAAAGGAGGCGGCACUCCCCACCCCCGCCGGGGCUGCCCUACCCCCCGCACGCACCAUGGCUCGCUGGAUCCCCACCAAGAGGCAGAAACUCGGAGUCGCCAUCUACAACUACAAUGCCUCCCAAGACAUCGAGCUGUCCUUGCAGAUCGGGGACAGGGUCCACAUUCUGGAGAUGUAUGAAGGUUGGUUCAGAGGAUAUACGCUGAGAAAUCAGUCCAAAAAGGGGAUUUUCCCUGAAACCUACAUUCAUUUGAAAGAGGCAACGGUGGAGGAUCGAGGGCAACAUGAGACUGUGAUUCCCAGUGAGGCGCCACUGGUGCAGGAACUCACGUCUACCCUCCGAGAAUGGGCGGUCAUCUGGCACAAACUCUACGUGAACAACAAGGUCACCCUCUUCCGGCAGCUGCAGCAGAUGACGUACAGCCUGAUCGAGUGGCGAUCCCAGAUCCUGUCGGGGACCCUCCCCAAGGACGAGCUAGCCGAGCUCCAGAAGAAGGUCACGGCCAAGAUCGACCAUGGCAACAGAAUGCUUGGACUUGACCUCGUGGUACGAGAUGACAAUGGAAACAUCUUAGACCCGGAUAAGACCAGCACCAUCGCCCUGUUCCGGGCCCAUGAAGUGGCCUCGCAGCGGAUCGAAGAAAGGAUCCAGGAGGAGAAGUCCAUCCUGCAGAACCUGGACUUACGGGGCCAGUCAAUCUUCAACACGAUGCACACCUACUGCCUCUAUAUAAACUUUAAGAACUUUGUCUGCAAUAUUGGGGAAGAUGCUGAGCUGCUCAUGGCCCUUUACGACCCCGAUCAGUCCAGAUUUAUCAGUGAGAACUACCUGAUCCGCUGGGGUAGCAACGGGAUGCCGAAGGAGAUUGAGAAGCUCAACAAUCUUCAGGCAGUCUUUACUGACCUCAGCAGCACCGACCUCAUCCGACCCAAGAUCAGCCUGGUGUGCCAAAUCAUCCGUGUGGGCCACAUGGAGCUGAAGGAGGGGAAGAAGCACACUUGUGGCCUCCGGAGGCCUUUUGGAGUGGCAGUGAUGGAUAUUACCGAUAUCAUACAUGGGAAGGUUGACGAUGAAGAAAAACAACAUUUCAUUCCCUUUCAGCAGAUUGCUAUGGAAACUUACAUCCGACAAAGGCAACUUAUCAUGUCACCCCUGAUAACCUCCCAUGUGAUUGGGGAGAAUGAGCCCCUCACGUCAGUCCUAAAUAAAGUGAUUGCGGCCAAGGAAGUGAAUCAUAAAGGACAAGGUCUUUGGGUUUCCCUGAAGCUGCUCCCUGGUGACCUCACACAAGUACAGAAAGAUUUCUCACACUUGGUUGACAGGUCCACAGCAGUAGCCCGAAAAAUGGGUUUCCCUGAAAUCAUCCUUCCAGGUGACGUUAGGAAUGACAUCUAUGUUACCCUCAUCCACGGCGAGUUUGACAAAGGGAAAAAGAAGACCCCGAAGAAUGUGGAGGUGACCAUGUCUGUGUAUGAUGAGGAUGGGACAUUGCUUGAGAAAGCCAUCCAUCCAGGUGCUGGUUAUGAAGGCAUUUCUGAGUACAAGUCUGUCGUCUAUUAUCAAGUCAAACAGCCCUGCUGGUAUGAAACAGUCAAGGUGUCCAUCGCAAUUGAAGAAGUCACUCGUUGUCAUCUAAGGUUUACUUUCCGGCACAGGUCAUCACAGGAAUCCAGAGAUAAAUCUGAAAGAGCUUUUGGGGUGGCCUUUGUGAAGCUGAUGAACCCAGAUGGAACCACAUUGCAGGAUGGGAGGCAUAACCUUGUGAUAUAUAAGGGAGAUAAUAAGAAAAUGGAAGAUGCCAAGUUCUACCUGACCCUGCCUAGCACAAAGAUCGAGAUGGAGGACAAGGAUUUCUCCCCAGGCAAAAACAUCCACUUGUCCAAUUUCACCCCAACCAAGGAGAGCACCAAGGACAGCUUCCAAAUCGCCACACUUAUUUGCUCCACCAAACUGACCCAGAAUGUUGAUCUGCUGGGCUUGUUAAAUUGGCGAUCCAAUUCCCAGAACAUAAAACACAACUUAAAGAAGCUGAUGGAGGUGGAUGGAGGAGAAAUUGUAAAGUUUCUACAAGAUACUCUCGAUGCACUUUUUAACAUAAUGAUGGAAAUGUCGGACAAUGAAACCUAUGAUUUCCUUGUGUUCGAUGCACUGGUGUUUAUUAUCUCGCUGAUAGGAGACAUCAAGUUCCAGCAUUUUAAUCCUGUCCUGGAAACCUACAUUUACAAGCACUUCAGUGCCACCUUGGCAUACGUGAAACUUACCAAAGUCCUGAACCACUAUGUAGGGAAUGCUGAAGACUCCAGCAAGACAGAACUACUCUUUGCUGCCUUGAAAGCCUUGAAGUACCUCUUCAGAUUCAUUGUCCAGUCUCGUGUCCUGUACCUGAGAUUUUAUGGUCAAAGUGAAGAUGGGGAUGAAUUUAACAAUGCAAUUCGCAAGCUCUUUCUCUCCUUCAAUACUCUGAUGGACAGACCAUUGGAGGAGGCUGUCAAGAUCAAGGGGGCAGCUCUGAAGUACCUUCCCAAUAUAAUUAAUGAUGUCAAGAUGGUGUUUGAUCCUGUUGAACUCAGUGUCCUCUUCAGCAAAUUCAUUCAAAGCAUCCCCGAUAACCAGCUGGUCCGCCAGAAGCUCAACUGUAUGACCAAGAUAGUGGAGAGUAACCUUUUUCAUCAGACAGAGUGCAGAGAUGCUUUGCUGCCCCUGCUCAUUGACCAGCUCAGCGGCCAACUGGACGACAACUCCAGCAAGCCCGACCAUGAGGCAAGCUCGCAGCUCCUCAGCAACAUCCUGGAAGUGUUGGACAGGAAGGAUGUGGGUCCUACCUCCGUGCACAUCCAGCUGAUCAUGGAACGUCUGUUGAGGAGAAUCAAUCGGACGGUGAUUGGAAUGAGUCGGCAAUCUCCCCACAUAGGCAGCUUUGUGGCUUGCAUGACCGCCAUUCUUCGGCAGAUGGAGGAUUUCCAUUAUAACCACUAUAUCAGCACUUUCAAGACCAGGCAGGAUAUCAUCGACUUCCUAAUGGAAACCUUCAUCAUGUUUAAGGAUCUCAUUGGGAAGAAUGUGUAUCCCCCAGACUGGAUGGUCAUGAAUAUGAUGCAGAACAGGGUUUUUCUGCGGUCUAUAAACCUAUUUUCAGAAGUUCUCACAAAGUUCUUCAUGGACCAUUCAAGCUUUGAACUCCAGCUUUGGAACAACUAUUUUCACUUGGCCGUUGCCUUCCUCACCCAUGAGUCCCUUCAGCUAGAAACCUUCUCUCAAGCCAAGCGCCUCAAAAUGGAAAAGAAAUAUGGGGACAUGAGAAAGGAAAUCGGCUUUCGAAUACGAGAUAUGUGGUAUAACUUGGGGCCCCACAAGAUCAAGUUCAUCCCUUCCAUGGUGGGUCCCAUCUUGGAGGUGACCUUGACCCCGGAGACAGAGCUCCGGAAGGCCACAAUUCCCAUCUUCUUCGACAUGAUGCAGUGUGAGUUCAAUUUCAGUGGAAAUCACAACUUCCAGAUGUUUGAGAACGAGCUGAUCACCAAACUGGACCAGGAGGUGGAAGGCGGCCGGGGGGACGAGCAGUACAAGGUCCUGCUUGAGAAGCUGCUUCUAGAACACUGCCGGAAACACAAAUACCUCGCCAGCUCUGGAGAAGUCUUUGCCCUCCUGGUCAGCAGCCUCUUGGAGAACCUCCUGGAUUACAGGACCAUCAUGCAUGACGAAAGCAAAGAGAACCGCAUGAGCUGUACAGUCAACGUGCUGAAUUUCUAUAAGGAAAAGAAGAGAGAAGACAUUUAUAUAAGGUACUUGUACAAGCUUCGGGACCUGCAUCGGGACUGUGAGAACUACACAGAGGCUGCGUACACCCUCCUCCUACAUGCCGAGCUUCUCCAGUGGUCGGAUAAGCCCUGUGUGCCCCACUUGCUCCAGAGGGACAGCUACCAAGUCUAUUCUCAGCAAGAGCUCAAAGAGAAGCUGUACCAAGAAAUCAUCUCAUAUUUCGACAAGGGCAAAAUGUGGGAGAAAGCCAUCAAGCUCAGCAAGGAGUUGGCCGAGACCUACGAGAGCAAAGUGUUUGACUACGAGGGGCUCGGCAACCUCCUGAAAAAACGGGCCUCGUUUUACGAGAACAUCAUUAAAGCGAUGAGACCCCAGCCGGAGUACUUUGCUGUCGGUUACUACGGACAGGGCUUCCCGUCAUUUCUUCGGAACAAAAUCUUCAUCUAUCGAGGAAAGGAGUACGAGCGGAGAGAAGACUUCAACCUGAAACUGCUGACUCAGUUUCCCAAUGCUGAGAAGAUGACUAGUACAACGCCUCCAGGAGAGGAAAUCAAAUCAUCUCCCAAACAGUAUAUGCAAUGCUUCACGGUGAAGCCUGUGAUGAACCUACCUCCAAAUUACAAGGACAAACCGGUACCAGAACAGAUCUUGAAUUAUUACAGGGCCAAUGAGGUCCAGCAGUUCCAGUAUUCCCGACCCUUUCGGAAAGGAGAAAAGGAUCCCGACAAUGAGUUCGCAACUCUGUGGAUUGAGAGGACCACCUACACCACCGCCUAUACCUUUCCUGGGAUUCUCAAGUGGUUUGAAGCCAAGCAGAUUACCACGGAAGAAAUCAGUCCCUUGGAGAAUGCAAUUGAGACCAUGGAGCUCACCAACGAGAAGAUCAGCAAUAGUGUCCAGCAGCAUGCGUGGGACCGCUCACUCUCCUUACACCCACUCUCCAUGCUACUCAAUGGCAUUGUAGACCCCGCUGUCAUGGGCGGGUAUUCCAACUACGAAAAGGCCUUCUUCACUGAGAAGUACCAGCAGGAGCACCCUGAGGACCAGGACAAGAUUGAGCUACUCAAACGCCUGAUUGCCUUACAGAUGCCCCUCCUUGGAGAAGGGAUCCGAAUUCAUGGAGAGAAGCUGACAGAGCAGCUGAAGCCUCUACAUGACCGGCUGACCACCUGUUUCCGGGAACUCAGGGAAAAAGUGGAGAAACUCUAUGGAGUCAUCACUCUGCCUCCCACCUUGACAGAGAGGAAGCAGAGCAGGACCGGCUCCGUGGUGCUGCCCUACAUCAUGUCCUCCACCCUCCGGAGAUUGUCCGUCACCUCAGUGGCUUCUUCGGUGGUUUCGACAUCCUCCACCUCCUCGGAUAGCGCUCCUUCCAGGCCAGGAUCAGAUGGAUCCAUUCUGGAGCCCCUCCUAGAGCGGCGAGCUUCGUCAGGUGCCAAAGUGGAAGACGUAGCUCUCAGAGAUGACAAUGACAACCGGAUUGGCAAGUUCAAACGGAAAGACUGGAAUAUUAGCAAGUCUCAAGUCAUCGCGGAGAGAGAGCCAGAAGCUGACCUAAUGAGUUCUGCCAGCAAAGUACAAAGACCCAAGAGUCUCCAGUUAGUGGACAGUCGGCUGACAUUGUUCCAAAGCUCGCCCCUGCCUUCAUCUAUGCCCCUGAGCCCUCCCCCACUGACCCCCAAAACACCCCGGACCCAAAGCUCGCCAACAUUGCAGGUAGAUGGACUGAUGGUUGGUGGUGCAAAGGUCCCGCCCCCACCCCCUCCCAAGAGCAAGCCCUAUGAGAGCAGCAGCCAGAGGAACUCAGCAGAGGUUGCACCCCCACUUCCCAUCCGGCGAGAAGCAAAGGGCCCGCCGCCUCCACCUCCCAAGGCUCGCAAGUCCGGCAUCCUCUCAUUGGAACCAGGAUCACAAUGAAGACUCCGCCUCUCCUCUUCAGUGGAGAACUGCCACUAUGGACAGUCUCAUGACUCGCUUCCAAGGAACGAUGGCCCCAUUGUCCUUGUUUUCCAUUUCCUCCAUCCUGGCGCCCUAGCCUCCCCUGGGAUGACCUAGAACUUGGACCGAUUUCUCGGAAAGCUUCCCCUUCCAAGGCCAUCUCACACCUUCACUCACUCACAGAAUCCCAAAACUGAUUGGAGCCUCGGCAUGAUCCUCAAGCAUCUCCCUUCGGCCCCUGCCACAGGGGCCUCCAGAGACCGUCUCCUGCCUUCUACUUCUCCAGAGUGACCCUUCAGUGCUUUCCUUGUCCACGAGAGGCCUUUCUUGCCUUGCUUCUGAAAAGCGAUGCUGGAGUUUCCUUUCUCACAGCCCAGGUACCUAAACCACGAGAGACCCUCAUCUGGACCCUUUUUGUACCUGAAGAAACAAUAACUUAUUAGUAUGUAUGAUGCACUCUUUGAGGAAAGGGAGGGUGUCUAAGGUAAGACCUGAAGCACCAUCUUUUGGUGAUGGUGUAAAAAAGAUACCUAUGGAGGUAGGAUUGGACCAGAGGUCCACUGGGGACCUCUAAAAUCCUCUAAUCCCAUGAGUCUGGGGGAAGCUUGUUGGAACAAGGAACCCUGUUGAUCAUGGUUGCGAAUCAGAAUGAAAAAAUGGGUUGGACGCCCUCCCCCCCCCCCCACUCCAAUAGCCUGUACUCAAAAGACUUUAAAAUAACGGAGGUGAUAUUAAAUUAAAUGACAAUACCAAGAGCUACAAACAAAGAGGAAUAAAAACUAAAGAGGAAUAUUUUCAAGAUGAUCUGGUGAUAUCGUGGGUCCUCCCUGCAUGCCUUGUCUGGCUGGUGGCCUUCAGUUCUGGGGAUUCUGUCGAGCCAAGAAGUAUUUAUUAAGCAUUUCCUGUGUGCCGGGCAUGAUACCAAGUAGAAGGACUAGCCCUGCCCUCGAGGAGCUUGUGUUAGAAUGUUGGAGAACUCUUAGAAGGGGGCGGUUGGGGAAGGGGGAAAGGGGUUGGCCAACAUGAUGGAGAACAUCUCAGGAUGGGAGCCUAGAGAGACAGAUUACCUCCCCGGAGCCCUGGGUUAUUGUAACUGCCUCUUGCUGUUGAUUAAUGUUUCUUUCUCCUCCUUCAUACAAUGAGCCCCCUGAGCUGGCAUGAACUGGGAGUCAAUGCCCUUGGCCCCGGGUCUGACCUUCACUGUCCUCCAUCCCAUUUUCCCUGGCUUGGUGGCCUCCUCUUGCUUCUCUAUUUGGUAGGACGCUGGCUAACACUUUCCUUUUCCACAUGUUUGAUUUUGCCUUUUAAAUGACUACAAAAUUCCCCCAAGGAAACCCUUUUGUUCCUCCAUAGAGUUGAGCAGUUUACAAGCAACUCUGGAGCCUCCAUGAUGCCCUAAAAAUGUGUCCAUUUUGGGCUGGGCCUGUGAGGCGGGCAUCUCUCCUCCAUGCAGAUCCCCAUCGGCCCUUCAGCUCAGAAUCUUGGAAUGGUGCCUGAGGGGACUAAGAGGCUCUGAUCCACAUGGGUCAGAAGAGGGAUUUGAACCCCUGAUCUUCGGGGCCUGGAGGCCACAUGUCCUCUCUCCUUGCACACAGCAGAUGGUGAAUCAACAUCCAAAGGCUCCAGACACUUUCUUAGCAAAGUCAAGAGUAAAGGAAGCCAAGCUGAAGUUCUGGCUGCUGGAAGCUGGCCAGUUUGGGGUGCGAAUGAUGCUUCCUUUCAUUCCACAAGGCCAUUUCCAAAGGGAAUGAGAAGAGGUUUCCUGAAGGGACCUGGAAGGAAGGGCAGGAUUUCAACACACAGUGUUUAGAUAGAGAGCUGUCCCACCCACUCCAGGUUUUAGCAGGAAGAAAGGACCUGGUUUGGAGCUGCAUGGAGUUAUCCUUCCUGCAAAGGACUCUACCUAGGCUCACCUGGCCCAGAUAACAGGAUCUUUCUCUAGACAAAGAGUUUUUAACCUGAAGUCCAUGAACUUGGAUGGGCGGAGAAUGACUUCAUUUUCACUAACCUCUGAAAUUUAGCAUUUCCUUCCAUGAUGAAUAUGAGAAACAAGAAUUACUCUGCCCAGACGCCCAUAGGCUUCGCCAUACGGCCAGGGGAGUCUAGGACAUAAAAAAGGAUAAGCAGACCUUCUUUAAAAGCAGGAAGAGUCAAAAAGGGGCCUCUGGCAGUGAGCUGGUGAGAGGGAACUGGGAGUUCAGGUUUUCCCACCUGCCUUUUUUUGCUGUCAUUUUGCAUGCCCUCUCCCUUGCUCCCUGGGGGAAAUGAGUCUGAAGGGCCUCUUUCAUUUUAGGGGGGAGGAAACCAGAAAAGCAGGAAGGAAGCUACCAGUGUCAACCUCCCACCCUACAAAGCAGGUAUUCAGUGCUGAUGUCUCCUGGACUUGGAGACUUUCUUUGCCAUUGACUUUGUGACCUUACAGGAAGAAGUCUCUCCCUUCCCUAGAACUCAGUUUGUUCAUUUAUAAAAUCAGGAGAUUGGAGGAGAUGCAGACUUAGAGGAGAGCAGAUAGGCAAUGCAAGGUUGGGAUGGGAGGGUCUUCUUUGUCUUCCUUCCAACUCUACAAGUCCCCACACUUGAGUCUCUAAUGAAAAGGUAAAGAAGUGGAUCAUGCAAGACACAAAAGAGAAGGGGCAGUUGAGUGGCUCAGUGGAUAGAAAUCCAGGCCUAGAGAUGGAAGGUCUUGGGUUCAAAUAUGGCCUCAAACACUUCCUAGGGCAAGUCACUUAACACCCAUUGCCUAGCCCUUACCAUACUUCUGGAACCAAUGCACACUCUUGGUUUUAAGAUAGAAUGUAGGGGUUUAAAAAAAGGGACAGAAGAGAAAGUUGACUCAGUGUGGUCCUCCAAGGACUGCUAGACCAGUACCCUUUCUGCCUGCCUUUUAUUAGUAUUCUCCCUAUUAAUUAAAAUUAUGUUCCCUAUUCCUUCCUACAUACACACACACUCAAACCAUGACAAUUUAAAUGCAUAGAAUUAAGGACUGUAAGGGAAGAGAAUAAGUGAGUCUCUGUAACAUUGUUGAAAAGGGGCAACCCCCAACUAUCUCCCCAUUUCACAAACUACACACCGAGGACAAGCCAAACUCUUCAAUAACCAAGCCUUCCCACACGCUACCAUUUGAGAGUGCAGUGCUUGGAAAUCCAUUCCUUGGCCAUUUGGACAUGCCAUUCUCAUUAGCAUUGGUCAUGCCAGACACAAGUUCCACUUUGUGAGAGUGGGGCAAAGCAUAUUUAAACUCCAAUCAGCAGAAGCACCAAGAGUUCCUCUCCUAGAAUAAUAUGAUGAAGAAAAGAUGAUGAAUCUCCUGAAAUCUGGACCAUUCUAUCAAGCAACUCUUCUGAAUCAUUUACUAAAAUCUUGUCUCCAUUGUGAGAAACAAUCAAAGAUCCUAAGCAAAAUGGCCUCCCAGUGCCAUGAUCUGUAACAUUGGUGCCCGGGGCCAGCGAUGGUAGGUGGAAGGUUUACCCCAGCUACAGCCCAAAAGGAAGUGUAUCCCAAGAUGAUGGCAGCACCCCCAAAAUAUCCCACCCUUGUGGCAAACUAGAAAGCUUGGGGAAGGAAAGGGGGACGGAAGGCAUGCUAGGGAAUGAGAAAGAUGGCUUUCUUCAAACAUUUAAAGAGCAAUCCUGAACAAAAAUGAUUUGACUUUCUCCUUGGUCCUAGAGGGAAAACCUAGAACAAAGGAUACAAGUUGUAAAGGGAGAUUGUGGCUCAAUUUAAAGAAACUUUUUAAAAAUUAGAGCUAUCACCAGAUGAAAUCGUUCUCUUUGGGUGAUGAUUGUGAGACCUCCUUCACUGGGUGUCAGUAAGUCAAGGUUGGGAGACCGAUUAUCACACACAUUUGUAGCAUGGAAUCUUUUGGAAGUAUGAGUUGAUUUAGAUGACUGGUGAAAUCCCUCCCAGCUCAGAGACUCAUGAUUGCCUCCCUUUGUUCUGCAUGAUCUUUGAGUGGCUUCCUUAGACCCAUAGUUAGGAAAGAUGUUUUGAGAAGACUGCAAUUUUUUUUGCCAAGAUUUGCUGUUAUUUAUUUAUUUUUAAAUUAAACCUUGAAUUGAUUUUU